GGCAGUCGUCAGUCGCCAGCGAGUAGUCCACUAGAGCGCGUUCGGGCACGGACAAGUGUUAGAGACAAGUCUGGUCUCAGAUCACACAAAUCGGCAUUUACUUACUACCAAAACCACUAGGCGACGGAACGCGUCUCAACGAAAAACCCGAAACCAAUUUUGCUGUUUUUCUGGCUUUGGAGCGCCCAUCGAGGAACCAGCGAUCAAAAUGAACUGGGACCAGGGGCCAUUUUGGGCCAGUGGAAGACGGCGCUUCCUGCUGGCCGCUCUGCUGCUGCUCUUCCUCGGCGGACAGACCGCGGCCCAGUCCAAUUACGUGCAGCACGGCGAUAGCGGAAACUACACCACCAACGGACUGCCCGAGGAGGCGACCCUGGACGGCAAGGUGACCAAACUGGACGACAUCAGUCCGCUGAUAUUCCUGAACCGAACGAAAGCAGCUCUCAACUGUGCCGCCGGCUCCAUGCAGGUUGACCUCAAGUUCAACGACCCGUUCCAUGGCAUCAUCCAGGCCGACUACGACCGCAGCAGUGCGUGCCGCGUGAGCGGCAAAGGAGCCCUCAGCUACCGCCUCGAGUUGCCGCUCAAGGGAUGCGGCACCAUCCAGAACCCCACCCGUGUGUUCACCAACAACAUCAUAGUCCGCUUCCACGCCAACCUGGAGAUGGACGGCGACGAGAUCAUCACGAUAGUCUGCCGCUACCCGCCGCCAGUGCCCUCGCUGCCGCCCGCCUUACCGGCGCCCAUCCUGAACCCCAUCGCCACCAGCUCCGUGCUGCAGCCGCCGCUGAAGAGCAUCCAGAUCCUGAUGAUCAUCUGCGCCAUCAUGUUCCUGACCCUGCUGCUCCUGGGCCUGGCCGUGUCCUACUACUGCCUGCGCAGCCGCUCCAUUCCCGUGGUGCGGCGCCUGCCCAUGAGCAUGGGCAGCGGCUCGGAGAUCACCAAGCUGAGCGGCAGCAGCGUGGGCAACAUCAGCGCCUUCGAGGGCGUCAAGAUCCCGCGCGCCCACGCCGCCCUCCAGGCGGUCUACAGCUCCUCGGGCAGCGAGGGCGCCCUCAUACCCUCGGACUACCCCAGCGAGUCGCACUCGGAGAUCGAGGAGAUCGACACCCGCUCGCUGCCCUUCAGCUCGGCGGGCAGCUGCGAGAACCGCGCCUUCGUCCACGAGACCUCCAGUCUCUACAGUGACCACUACGCCCCAGCCUCUGCCUCUGCCCAGGAGCCCUCUGCCGCCAGCGCGGUGAUGACCACCACCUCGGUGACGCGCCACGCCUUCCCACUGCAGGAGGCCGUCGCCGUGGCCGCCGACUCGCCCAAGUUCGACGUGCAGGUGCGGGUCAAGAAGUCACCGCCGCCGCCGCCCUCGCCCGUGACCUCGGACACGGAGAGCGUGGCCACGCUGCGUCCGGACCGCAACAACCUGUCCACCAUCCUGGAGGCCUACGAGGACCGCGAGAGCGUGCUGACCCUCGACUCGCUCCCGCCCCCGCCGGACGCCCUGGCCAUGCACUCGCAGUUCACCUACGUGCCCGAGCUCCAUGCGGCGCCGCUUCCAGUGGCUCAGGCCGAGCCCAAGUUCUCCGUGUACACGCGCACCCACCACGAGGUGGUGGACGGACGGCCGGAGACGUGGUCCGACUACACCGACGGCCCGGCCCCCAGCGAGAUCACCGACCUGUCCUCCGAGGCGCCCGACCUGACCGUGGACACGAUGCACUACUACGAGGACGAGUUCCAGCCGGUGGCCGCCCUGCAGCCGCAGCCGCAACCGCCGGUGACCACGUCGCACACGGUGGACGAUGUCUAUCUGCGCACGGUGACCGAGCGGAAGACCAUCGAGGACAUCGAGAGCCACAAGCGCCGCGUCACGGAGUACAAGAGCAAGCCGCGGGCACCGCUGCCGCCGCCGCCGCCACCGCCGGCGCCGCCGGUGGACCCCAAGUUCGAUGUGCGCGUGCGCAACUACCCUAGCGACCGGGAACAGGCGCUGUGGGAGAACUUCUCGGACAUCUCGAGCGCCUCCGGGCUGACCCUCACGCCCAGGAUGGAGCGCAGCGAGCUGACCCUGGCGCCACCGCCCGCCCAGAACCAGAUCCACGACAACAAGCUAAAGCUGACCAGCCCCGAGCUGGUGGGCAACAUGAAGCCGAUCGAGGUGCCGCCGCAGGACAAGGACGUACCCAACUGGGACGUGCUGAUCCGCAUCCUGGAGGAGCCGGAGCCGGAGCUGGCCGAGAUGUCGGAGGCCGGCGCCGACGACGCCAGCUCGGUGCACAACCUGAGCUACGACGACCGGGCCAAGUGGAAGGAGAUCAUCACGACGCAGUCCUCGCUGCGCACCAUGCUCACCGAGGCGGUGGUGCGCGAGGACUUCGAGCGCAUCCGCCAGGACACGCGCUACGAGCGCAUCUUCGAGCCGCAGACCUGGGACGUCAUCAUCCGCAUCCUGGCCCCGCCCGGCGACGACGAGGACCCGGACGUGGAGCUCCGCACGCCGCGCCGCGGCAAGAAGGCCUCGCCGCAGCCCUGGGACACGCGAUCGCGCCGCAGCUCGCUGCCCACGCUCUACGAGUACGACAGCGACGGGGGCUCCAGUGUGCGGACCAUCCGGAACGACCCCGGUAUGUCAGGGAUGCCAGGGAUGUCGGGCAUGCCGGGUAUCUUCUCGGGAGGACCUGGGGCACCCGGAGCCGGAGCCUUCAACCUGCAGCGGUCGCGCCGCAGCUCGCGCACCUCCUACCAGACCGACCACAACGACUUCCGCUCCAUGUCCGAGGUGACCGUCGACUUCGGCCGACGGCAGGUGGACCACCCGGACACGGACAACGUGAGCGACGCCAGCAGCACGUACCGCAUGCAGUACUACGACGACGACGACCGGCGCUCCUUCCACCGCUCCCUCAGCCACCCCUCGCUGGCCCGCUCCGCCAGCGAGUUCACCGAGCACUGGACCGCCCCCGACGAGAUGGAGGUCUCCUCCCCGGAGGGCACUCCGCGCACACGCCGGGCUCGACAGGAUCGACAGCCCCUGCCAUCGACCCAUCUGGCUUUGACCUCGGGACGAGCCGGUGAGCGCGUUCUGGCCCAGACUCAGACGCAGACCCAGAGUGAGUACGUGGAGACCCACCGAAGGGUGUACCACGCGGAACAGGAGGCGCCCUUGCCGCCGCGCAAGUGGUAGGGAGAGUGGUGGACGAGUGCCCUCACUAAACAAUCGACGGAGCACGCCGAUCCGAACGGGGUUUCAAGGUAGAGCCCCAUUUGCAGACGUGUGCUCCGGAAACUGCUGCAGCCACCAGGCGGAAACUGCUGCUCCACGAAGACCCCUUACAUUUAAUUUGCGCUAAUGGGUCGUUCCGUACAUAACCUUACAACAAUUAACAAACGUGCCAAUUACAAUUGCCUGACAGAGUAGCCACUACAAGAGUUUGAAGCGGACGAAGUUGAUGGACGACAAUCGGAACGGACGAGAGGAAUACCUACCAACUUUUCGACCUUUUCUGAGAGUUCAGUUAGCGAAAACUGCAAACCGAAGGGGUACUUAGACUCAAAAUUGUACUAAAGUAUAAACAAGAUGCCAACUCCACUCGAUUCGUGUGUUCAGCACUCCCAAUAGAGAUUUCGCAUUUAAUCGAACAUGUUCAGUAGAAAAGAGCGGUAUAGAUAAAUACAUAUAGUGUGUGAAGGUUUUAAAUAUAGUAAAAAGUGUUCUUUGGCAGAAGACGCUGCCGCCGAUCAGUCACAACGUGAAACCCCGUCGUCCUCUCUAAUACGAUAAUUCUUCUAAUACAAGUCGAAUGAAUACACUCUAAUUUCUAGUGACAAAUGUAUAUAUGUAUAUAUACAGAGAUCAAACUGCCACAUGCACUCGAUUUUGACCAGAUUCGAUGAUCAAUACUUUUGAAAUAUAUUCUCCAGGUGGGACAGAUACACAGGUUUGAAAUGAAAGUAUUACUACAGUAUAGUUUUCCCAUUGAACCGCCUUCUUGAUUCUGAUGUAUUGGGAUUAAUUACGAGUGCGCCAAGUGUUCGGGACGGAAAGCUGCAACAGAAUCCUAAUGAAAAAAGACAUACAGAUCGAUAAUAUACGGGGUCUCAAAUGGAUUCCUUUCAAAGGAUCGCACAAUACUUUCUCAUGAUUAUCAAUUUUUUCGUAACAUAGUACUAAUCCGUCCAAGACAUAUACUUAAGUGUAAUUGAUAAAUAAUAAUAAUACGCAAAUAGACAAACUUACAUAUUUAAUUCGCUUUUUGGUUAGACAAGCCUUACAGAAAUGUGUCUGCCCUAAAGCACUUGAAAUAAAUUAUGAAUAAAUAUACCCACUAACAAA